GCUGUCAGCACCAAGGACAGCAGCCUGCUCAGCCCGGAGCGACCAGCCAGCGACUCAUCGGGGGGAUCAGUCCGCUCUUAAAUAACGGAGCAGCGGCUGGGAGCAGCGAUCCACGCCGCGGAGGAAACCCGCCUGGAAGAUCUGGACCAUGGUUUGAGUCUUUUUCCUCCAAAACCGCAGGCCGGUUUGAGCCAAUCUGCAGGGAGAAAAAAUGUGGACAAUGCGGCUCGGACGCCCCUUUUUACCAGCCUGCCCCUAAUAUGAGCAUGCACAUUCCUCCGCAUUGCACAUAAAUCCACCUUUUUCUCCGUCUUGGCCUCCCUCCCUCCGCUCCCACCGCCCACCUGGAUCGUGUCUGCAGUCUUUGCCUCCAACUGGCUGCGCCGUGCUGCUGUCCAGAAGCUGGUGGAGCCGACCCGCCACCGGGGAGAAAAGCGACCGGGCUGCACUGUGCUGUUUGGUGGUCCACACGAUGCGUCUGUUUCUGUUUGCGGUGCUCUUCUCGUGCUCCUGCGCGCGGGCCGGCUGCGAGCCGAAGAUCGUUAACAUCGGGGCCGUCCUGAGCCAGAAGAGAUACGAGCAGGUCUUUAAAGAUGCCGUGACCCAGGCCAACCAGGUCUACGGCAGGGACAAAUUCAAGCUGACCGCCAUCUCCGUAACGCAUAAACCCAACGCCAUCCAGAUGGCUCUGUCCGUGUGCGAGGACCUCAUCUCCAGUCAGGUCUAUGCCAUCCUGGUGAGUCACCCUCCCCAGUCCAAUGACCACCUCACUCCAACGCCUGUCUCCUACACCGCGGGCUUCUACCGCAUCCCCGUGGUGGGCCUCACCACCCGCAUGUCCAUCUACUCAGACAAGAGUAUCCACCUGUCCUUCCUGCGGACCGUCCCUCCCUACUCCCACCAGGCUCAUGUGUGGUUCGACUUGAUGCGCGAGUUCAACUGGAACCACAUCAUCCUGAUCGUGAGCGACGACCACGAGGGGCGGGCUGCUCAAAAGAGGCUCGAGACCCUCCUGGAGGAGAGAGAAACCAAGAAUAAAAAAAGGAACUAUGAAAACCUCGACCAACUGUCCUAUGACAACAAGCGAGGACCUAAGGCAGAGAAAGUCCUCCAGUUCAGCCAGGAGACUAACUUAACUGCCCUGCUGCUGGAGGCCAAAGAGCUGGAGGCCCGAGUCAUCAUCCUGUCGGCAAGUGAGGAGGACGCUGCUGCAGUGUACAAGGCUGCCCGCUUCCUCAACAUGACCGGCUCGGGGUACGUGUGGCUGGUGGGCGAGCGGGAGAUGUCGGGUAAAGCCCUGACCGAGGCGCCAGACGGUCUGAUCGGCCUCCAGCUCAUCAACGGGAAGAAUGAGUCGGCACAUAUCAAUGACGCGGUGGCUGUGGUGGCCCAGUCCAUCCAGGAGCUCUUUGAGAAGGAGAACAUCACAGAACCCCCCAGAGGAUGUGUGGGCAACACCAACAUCUGGAAAACAGGGCCGCUCUUUAAACGGGUGCUGAUGUCCUCCAAAUACCCAGAGGGCCUGACAGGACGCGUAGAGUUCAAUGACGACGGAGACAGGAAGUACGCCCAUUACAGUAUCCUCAACUACCAGAAGAGUCGACUCAUUCAAGUCGGGAUAUACAACGGAACACAGGUGGUGAUGAACAAUCAGCGGAAGAUCAUCUGGCCCGGAGGAGAGACUGAGAAACCACAGGGCUUCCAGAUGUCCACUCGAUUAAAGAUAGUGACAAUACACCAGGAGCCAUUUGUGUAUGUGAAACCCACUCAGCCGGAUGGAACAUGCAAGGAGGAAAUGACAUUAAAUGGAGUCUUAAUUAAAAAGGUUAUCUGCACUGGGCCCAAUGAGACCAUCCCAGGUAACCUAUCAGGACGCCCAAUUGUACCCCAAUGUUGUUACGGAUUCUGUAUCGACCUCCUUAUCAAGUUGGCUAUGACCAUGAACUUCACCUAUGAGGUGCACCUGGUGGCUGAUGGGAAGUUCGGAACUCAGGAGAGGGUGAACAACAGUAACAAGAAAGAGUGGAAUGGCAUGAUGGGAGAGCUCCUGGGGGGCCUGGCUGACAUGAUUGUAGCCCCGCUGACUAUAAACAACGAACGAGCCCAGUACAUAGAGUUCUCCAAACCCUUUAAAUAUCAAGGUCUCACCAUCCUCGUUAAAAAGGAAAUCCCUCGCAGUACUCUGGACUCGUUCAUGCAGCCGUUCCAAAGCACACUGUGGCUGUUGGUGGGUCUUUCGGUGCAUGUGGUGGCGGUGAUGCUUUACCUACUAGACCGGUUCAGCCCGUUUGGAAGAUUUAAAGUAAACAGUGAAGAAGAAGAAGAAGACGCCCUCACCUUAUCGUCUGCUAUGUGGUUCUCCUGGGGAGUGUUGCUGAACUCUGGUAUCGGAGAAGGUGCGCCGCGCAGCUUCUCAGCGAGAAUCCUGGGUAUGGUGUGGGCUGGAUUUGCCAUGAUAAUUGUGGCUUCCUAUACUGCCAACCUGGCUGCCUUCCUGGUGUUGGACCGGCCUGAGGAGCGCAUCACCGGCAUCAAUGACCCAAGGCUGAGAAACCCAUCGGACAAGUUCAUCUACGCCACGGUGAAGCAGAGCUCGGUGGACAUCUACUUCCGGCGGCAGGUGGAGCUUAGCACCAUGUACCGCCACAUGGAGAAGCACAACUAUGAGAGUGCCGCCGAGGCCAUCCAGGCCGUGCGUGACAACAAGCUGCAUGCUUUCAUCUGGGACUCUGCGGUGCUGGAGUUUGAAGCCUCGCAGAAGUGCGACCUGGUGACCACGGGAGAGCUGUUUUUCCGUUCGGGCUUUGGCAUAGGCAUGCGCAAGGACAGCCCCUGGAAACAGAAUGUGUCCCUGGCCAUUCUCAGUUCUCAUGAGAACGGCUUCAUGGAAGACCUAGAUAAAACCUGGGUGAGAUACCAGGAGUGUGACUCACGGAGCAAUGCCCCAGCCACACUCACCUUUGAAAACAUGGCAGGGGUCUUCAUGUUGGUAGCAGGAGGAAUAGCGGCAGGGAUCUUCCUAAUCUUCAUUGAAAUCGCAUAUAAGCGCCAUAAAGACGCCCGCAGGAAGCAGAUGCAGCUGGCCUUUGCGGCCGUCAAUGUUUGGAGGAAGAACCUGCAGCCCUCUUCCUCUCUAGAGACUCAGGAUGAUAGGAAAAGUGGUAGAGCAGAGCCCGACCCCAAAAAGAAAGCCUCUUUUAGGUCCAUCAGUACCACCCUGGCCUCCAGCAUCAAGAGACGUAGGUCCUCCAAAGACACGCAGUACCCACCCACUGACAUCACGGGCCAACUCAACUUGUCUGACCCGUCUGUCAGCACUGUGGUGUAGAGAGAGAGAGAGACGCCGAGGCUGCUCCCCGAGGAGAGAAACGAGGAAACGAGACGAGGAGGAAAGAAAAAGAAAAAAAACGAGGACGAGAAAGAAGUGGAGGUGACAGGGAGGGAGACGAAGGAAACAUCUCCUGGUUCCCUUGGAAGCCGUGGAAGACGAAGCUUUUCAUUUCACGGAGCUUUUUUUGAGGAAACUGCUUGCUGAAGAAAGUGUCUGAAAAACACUGAACUUGCACCUUUUUUUGUCAGGAUUACCUGGCGUUCGAUGUUUUAGGGUCCCUGAGCAUGCACAGAAGAACCCAUCUGACUCACAUAUACGAUCUUUUCCUUCUGUAUAUUCUUAGCAAACUUAUUUAAUCUUGUUUUUGUCGUUUUUUGGCUCACAGAGAUUUACUUAAUGUUUGAUGUUAUAACUACUUUUCAAAAAGUUCCUGACCGGCUGUAUAAGUUUAGACAGACAGGUUUAGUUUAGUUUUAGUUAUGGAUUAUAAAACCAGUUCUGGUGCAAGUACUGUACUCAACAUAUCACAUGCAACUAGGGCUUAGAAACCAUAGUAAUAGAGAGUUUUCUUAACAACUUAUACUGCAAUACAAGAGGUACUGUAAGCUUCAAUGGAUAUCAAGCAUUUUUUAAUGGGAACUACCUGUUUUUAUCUACACUUAAGAGGUUUUUUUUAGAUGUUUCUUUUAUUAAGAAGCACUAAUAAUGGCACUAAUAUUGUCGAUGAUGGGAGCAUAUGUGUGCUUGUAUAUGAAAAAUAGCUUUAUGUAUCUGAAUUGAAAGGCCAUAUACCAGAUUCUGUAGUAAAAUUGUCUCUUUUCCCCCCCUUUUAUUUUCUACUAAUCUGCCAAAUGCAUGCUUUUUAUUUGAUUUAUUUGCAGUAGAACUAAAGAAAAUCAGUCAAGUUUUAUUUCUAGUGAGAUAUAAAGCAGGCGAAUAGAUGCUUUAAGAGAUUAAUUUUGAUGAAACAGUGAGUUUAGGCUGGUGUUUUUUCGUCCAAACACGUUUUUUAAGACACUCCUCCGGGAGCCAUGUUGCUUUUGGGGACGCCCUCUCUCUCUCUUCCUCUCUCCUGCCGCAGCAGUCUUUCUCAUUUCUCCAAGGGGUUGCAUCAAAGGGCCAGGUUCUUCAUCCAACCGCCACUCGCUCCGUCGUGCAAAACCUCGUCCCGGCGCCGCGUCGUCGGCGGGCUUUUGCACGAAGGAAGCACGAGUGCGUUGAAAGCGUGGCUCUGGCGACGGCGCCGAGCUGCUGUGCAGGUUCUUGGUUGGAUGCAAAAACAGGCCGUUUCCCAUUUUCUGGAGCUGAGAAACAACUGCUGUGUGUUGAAAGGACUGUCACAUCCUGUCUGGCACUGCAUAGCACUUUAUGCUGAGGCGUCUCCCAAACUGUAAUAUAUAGAAAGAUGUUAACUAACAAAGAAACUAACUAGAACUAGAACCACUGUAACAUCAGUCACUUCUCCACUUUGACAUGUUUUAUUUCUUCAAAAUCUCUUGUUUUAUUUUCGUUUUACUUACUAAAAAACACUAUCUACAGAGUCUGAAGAGAGUUUAGUUUGUGACCUGGACCCAUCAUGAUGUCAUCAUGGCCUAUGCAUGCUUCCUCUGUGUUCCUAUCAGUGCUUGAGUUUGUUUCUGGAUGCGUGCUGUCGCUGUGUACAGUCAGCUGAGCCGUGAGGAGCACCAACCAUGAAUGAACUGUAAAUAAUAAUAACUGUGUAGAUACUGACGGGCUGAGGAGAUUGUUCUGCUUGUAUUACAACUGCAGCUGAGAAUGUCUAGUUACACACACACACACACACACACACACACACACACACACACACACACACUGGUGAUACACAGGCAUGCAUCAACACACACACACAUGCACACACACAUAUAUGCACACACACAUAUGCACACACAAACACAGCCCCAUAUGGGAGAAAUCACUUGUUUUUUCUUACCUUUUCCAGUAAGGAUCUUGCAUUGAAUCAUCUUGUUUAUACAACUGUAAAUAAAAUAUACUUGCAUUGCCAAGUCUAACCUGUGAUUCUA